AUGCGCACUUCCUUCCUCGCCUCCUUCCUCGCCCUCGCGACGCUGGUCGUUGCCGCCCCGGUCGCUGUCGUCGACGAGACUGCCGUCGAGCCGGCCACCCUCGCCGCCGAGACGUCUGAACCCGCACUCAACACUCUCGAGAAGCGCGCCAAGACCUGCUCCAAGGUCAGCCAGUGCUCGAGCCAAUCCAUCCCCGCCAACUCGCAGCACACCUGCUCGAGCAAGAAGUGCGGCUGGUCGUGCAACAGCGGGUACUCGAAAUCCGGCUCAAAGUGCGUCAAGAAGUCGUCGCCGCCUCCCGCCACGGGCAACAACCUGGCUCAGGUGUCCUCCUUCAGUGGAAGGGGCACCUGGUACACCCAGGACGGAAACCCGGGAUCGUGCGGCCAGUACCACAAAGACUCGGACCUCAUCGUCGCCGUCAACUCGCCCCAGGUCGCCGGCGGCGCUCACUGCGGUCAGCACGUCACCAUUACCAACACUGCGAACGGCAAGACUGCUCGCGCGCUCGUCGCGGACGAGUGUCCCGGCUGUGGUUUCGGCGGACUUGACAUGAGCACCGGCCUCUUCCAGCAGCUCGCUUCGCUCGACACCGGUGUCAUCAGCAUCAAGUGGGGAUGGUCAUAA